CUUUUUCUGUUGCAGACAAAGAAACAUGUCCGACGAAGGAAAACUUUUCGUCGGUGGCCUGAGCUUCGACACAACAGAGGAAUCUCUGGCUGAAGCUUUUGCCAAGUAUGGAAACAUCGCAAAAGGUGCGGUCUACGUAUUUUAUUUGAUAAGCGAUGGCUAGUUACUAAAUAUUAUCAAAUGUUUAACUGUAUUUGUCUUCGCUCAGUUGAUGUCAUCAGGGACAAAGAAACGGGAAGGUCUCGUGGAUUCGGUUUCGUAAAGUACGAUAAUGCCGAGGAUGCGAAGGACGCUUUGGAUGGAAUGAACGGCAAGGUAGCUAAGUCGAUCACAAUUUACCCAAGCCAGAACUGAAGUGCAUUUAUUUACCUCUUGGUUUUUGCAUGUAUGAUUAUUAGAGCACAUGUGUUUGAACGUGGUUCUGGAGAACAUUAUCUAGCCAUUACUAAUGUCUUACAACAUGAUGGCCCAACCUCAAAUGUCAAUGCAUUUAACCCAUUAUUUAUAUAUAAAUAAAAACGUCUAUAAACUGCUGCUAACUCCCUGUCUCUUGCAGUCUGUUGACGGCAGAACAAUUCGUGUGGAUGAGGCAGGCAAGGGCGGUGGUCGUUCUGGAGGCGGAGGGGGUGGAUUCAGAGGUUCCAGAGGAGGCGGUGGAUAUGGCGGUGGAGGUGGAUAUGGAGGGGGGAGAGGAAGAGGUGGGCGAGUUUACUCGCGAGGUAUGGGCAGACAAUCUGCAAAAUGGUGUGCUCCCCAUCCUCCAUUAGCGUUUUGUCCUGCCCUCCCUCUUAGCCGUAGUCACCUUUCUGUGUGUUUGCUUUCCAUUUGAGUUUGUUUGGACUGUUCUGGUUUGUUCCCAGGUGGUGGAGGAUAUGGUGGUGGCGGCGACAGGGGAUAUGGUGAGAGGAGCUAUGGUGGCGGCGGAGACAGGAGCUAUGGUGGCGGCGGAGACAGGAGCUAUGGAAGCGGCGGCGGUGGUGGAUACAGGAGCGGCGGUGGCGGGGGAUACUCUUCCGGUGGCGGAGGAUACAGGGACAAUAGGUGAGGCGACACGUCCGACUGCCAAUUAAGAGUUUCUCAAAUUGGUAUUUGUAGAAAUUCUUCUCUUGCAUCCUUAACGGACAGGGACCUUACCUAUAUUUUUUAUUUUCUCCUCCAAUGUUAGGGGCCAGGGAGGCUACGGGGAUCGCUCUGGGGGAUCCUACAGAGACAGCUACGACAGCUAUG